AUGGAAAUGGAUUCUGAAAAUUCAGGAACUGGAUUUUUCGUUAGUGCGGUGGAUAUGCAAAAUCUCAAAGCGGAAAUAAGCGAUCAACUCAAAGUUAUAUCUGAACAGAUGGUUGCUGCAAAUCAAGAAAAAAUGGCCGAAAAAUUAAGUCAAAUGGAAAUUGACGAAGAUUACAUCGCUGAAGAACCAAUGGACCUAAUUGAAAGUGUUGAGAACGCAUAUGGUAAUAGGGCUGAAAAAUACUUAAGACGAAUUAAUACGAGAGAACCAGAAGUUUAUAAUCCAGAUAAGCAUGAAUUAGAUGAUUUCUUGCGAGACUUGGAAACCAUAUACGAAAUGGUACGUUUGGUGUUUCCUACUGACCAAGAAAAAAUCAUGUAUCUUUAUUCUAAAUCCCAAAGUCAUCAGAGACAACAGAUAAGAGAAGUGGUAAAGAAACCCGGUCCAAAUAGAACGUUCGAUUUUGUAUUCGAAAAAGUUUUUCGAAGCGGAUCAAACGAUUCUUGGGUAGAGACUCUCCAUGAACAUCUGGACAAGGCUACUAAUUCAGAUUUCGAUUUCGCAGAGUACAGAAAAUGGCUUUUAAAUUUGGACAUGGAAACCAACAUAAAGAUCAGUGCAUUCCUAUGUCAAAAAAUGCAUAACCGAAAUCAACUCUUAAAAAAUAAAUAUGAAAAAGGAGAUCCACAAAAAGCCAUGAGAGAAACAAAUCGCCACGCACGGUAUACACCACCUCCAAAACCAACGAAAUAUACAUGCCAACAGUUCUCAAUACCAAAACAGAAAGCUUGGAAACCAAAUAAGCGCGAACAAACCAAGAACUGGGAUGACUCCAAAUAUGGAGCGAAAUCAAAGCCAAGCGAAAGACUAGAUAAGGGAAACAAGUCUAGAAGAGAUGAAGUCGUCUCUAUAAGCAAGACAGUUGUAGGAAAUUCAACAACACACUGCGAAAAGCAAACUUCACAACAUCAAGAUGUCAAAAUUGCAAACCUCAAGGUCAAUGCAUUGAUAGAUACUGGCCCCAACGUAUCCAUCUUAAGAGAAGACCUGGCUAAACAAAUUACGCGUAAAUUUAAUAAAGAAAAUCGAACGUUUCUGGGGAUAACGAACGACAAACUCGAAGUUAAAGGAAAUUUAACAUUGCCAGUAGAAAUAAAUAAACAAAGAUUUAACGAAACGUUUUUAAUUACUCCAACAUCCGAAAACAAAGUUCUCAUCAGAUGGAGCCUCCUGGAAAAAUUGGAAAGUUUAGAUUUUUUAUAUGGCAGCAAGACAAAGGACGAAAAGAAUAACAACAAUAAGGAAAAUCUGAAGGUUCAAGAUAUAUGA